AUCAUAUCAACUGUGAUACGAUGCAACGCUGUUCACAAAUCAGCGAGAAGUGAAAUGACCGCAUCAUUUUAACGUUUUGCAAACUUCGUGAUUUGAAAAACUGCGUGGCGCCAAAAACGGUAUCGUGUGUUUAUAAAUAAAAAAGAGUAACUCGUUGUUUGGUAAUAUUUAUUCAAACAUUUUCGGAAGUCUGAAUCUACGGUCACAUCCUGAGAUUGUAUGGUUUAAACUCUUCUUGGCACCAAAUUUUCAGCUUUUUUAAGAAAUAUGUCAACAUUUGACCAAUCUCACAUUUUAGAUAUUGAUAGGAGCAAUUUAAGUAAUGCCAGUAGCCAGCAGUAUCUUGAAGUUGGAUCAAAUACUUUUAUUGGAACAAAAGAUGGAAUAAAAUAUGCACUCUUACCAACAGCUGACAACAAAUUAAAACUUUGUGAAGUUAUAGCUGAUGCAGAUACAAAUGUAUCAACUUCAUUUAACUCCUGGUCUCCUUCAUUCCAAAGUGUAGUCGAUGUUGAAGACAAUUUAACAUCCUUUAUAAAUCCACAAAAGAAGGUUUGCAUAUUUCACCCUAAAUAUUUAAUAUAUAACUCCUGGUCUCCUUCAUUCCAUAGUGUAGUCGAUGUUGAAGACAAUUUAACAUCCUUUAUAAAUCCACAAAAGAAGUUAAUAACUCUGAGAAAAGAAGCCACGCCCUGUAGAGGUCAAGGAGAUGAGAGUGGGAAUUCGAUUAUAUCAACUCCUGAUUCCACAUCCCGUUACAAGAACUUCGGAAAUGACAUUCUGGAAAAAAGCUCAGAACUGCUGGAUGAAAAUCAAUAUAAACUAGAUGACACCACGCAACUUACGUAUACUACUUUACUUUCAAAGCAAGAUCAAAAAUUAGACACCUUGGAUUCUGUCAGCUACUCCAUACCAAUAACUUAUUUUCAAGUUCCACAGCCUGUACAGUCUCCCGUAAUAUCCAAGUCAAUAAGGGAUAUGAAAGCAAAUUUAAAAGCACCACAGUUGCCUAUAAAUAAAGCAAUCCCAUAUCCUCAGUGUUCUCCUAUUCCGAUUUCAAGAGGACGAGGGCAUAGACAACGCAGAUCGAGACAAACUCUUUAUCAAUACCGGGGCCCUUUAAUGCAUUCGACUCCUACUUCUACAUCGAGCUCUAGUUUGAAUGAUAAUUCUCCAAUGUCAUCUCUGGAUUCCACUUCAAAUUCAUCAAUUAGUUCGUGUAAUGAGAGUCAACCUUCACUGGAUUAUCCAAGAGUUCCAAACAACACUCCAAAUUCAGAAGAAAUAGGUUUAGAUUAUAAGAAAAAAGUUUUCGAUAUUCAAUGGAUACCUCACAUACAAAGCCAAAUUGCAGAUUUUGAACAGAUUGAUCCACGAGAAAUGCACAAUGAAAAGGAGAGGAAAAGACGGUGAGA